AUGGCCUCGAUGUUGAGGCAAAUUGCUGUACCUGUCGGCAGCUUUACCGAGCCCGACCUGCCCCCUUCUAUGAUGGGCUGCGGGCCGACUUUAUGGCAUGUACCUAAAUACGUCUCGGGCAUCCGCGGAUGCCAUCACUCAGUCACCACCUUAUUGUUUCUCUAUACAGUGGUGAACAAGAUCCCAUCCAUCAUCUUCACCCCGUCCAGCAGAAUCCAGUUGAAGCCGAGAACACCCCACCUCGUCCGAGCUGCUCGCUCUCCCGUCAAUUUCGGCGACCUCCACUUGCACCCCAUCGCUGUCUCAGAACUCUCUUCGCGCAAGCAAGGCAUCCGCACGUCGUGCGUUUUGCACUGCAGUCUGGCCGUGCGCAGCUCCGGCGUUCAAUUCACAGAGUCUUCGCUGCCAGUGCCCGAAUUGGAACCUUCUGAAUGCGGCAAGAACGCGGCUGCCCGCCCCGAUUGCCCAGCUCCGGCAGACCCACCAGACGGACCACCUGCAGAAAGGGCCGGCAAUCCAGGCCCAACUAACACCUUGUCUUGCCUGAACCAAGAUUCACAGUACCUUGGCAUACCACUCCUGAAUCCGAUCUGCCACAGCCAUGGGCACUGGCAAGGCCUCUAUAUGGUUUCUGAUAUUCCCAGUUGUAGACCCAGGCCAGGCCUCGAUCUUGGCAUACACGAUGUAAGUUUCAGACCAAUAGCAUCAGAGACAAUCCCUCAAGGGUCAUCACCAAGUUUGCCCAAGUACCUAAUCAUACUUCCUUCCGCCUCAAAGGGUGUCAUAUGA